GGGGUGAAGCUGUGGGUCAGUGCGGGCGUUGGGCGCACGCCGCUGCCGUUGGGCGCGCAGGGCGGUUGCAGUUCGUCGCUGCGCGCCUCAGCCGCCGGCCCCGCCAUGCCGCCGCCGGGCCAGACCCAGCUCCCGGACUGGGACGGCCUGAAGCUCCGCGUGCAGACCCUCAUCGCCUCCCACCGCGUCAUGAUCUUCAGCAAGAGCUAUUGCCCCUACUGCAAUAAGGUGAAAGAACUCUUCCACUCUAUGCGUGUGGAGUACUAUGCUUUGGAACUUGAUGUAACUGCUGAUGGACCCAGUAUUCAGCAAGUGUUAGCAGAGCUAACUAAUCAGAGGACAGUGCCUAAUGUAUUUGUGAAUGGAACACAUGUAGGUGGCUGUGAUUCAACUUAUCAGGCUUAUCAUGAUGGAUCACUGCAGAAACUUCUUGGGGAUAGCAAAGAUGCAGAACCCUAUGAUUAUGACCUCAUUAUUAUUGGUGGUGGCUCAGGUGGACUUGCGUGUUCCAAGGAAGCUGCUGCUUUGGGAAAGAAAGUAAUGGUAUUAGAUUAUGUUGUUCCAACACCUCUCGGAACCUCAUGGGGACUUGGUGGCACGUGUGUAAAUGUAGGUUGCAUUCCUAAGAAGCUAAUGCAUCAAGCAGCGCUUCUGGGUCAGGCGCUCCAAGAUUCAAGGAAAUAUGGGUGGCAGUAUGAAGAACAAGUGAAACAUAACUGGGGGAUCAUGGUAGAAGCAAUUCAAAACUACAUUGGUUCUUUAAACUGGGGCUAUCGAGUGUCCUUAAGAGAGAAGUCCGUGACAUACCUCAAUUCUUACGGAGAAUUCAUUGAACCACACAAAAUUAAGGCAACUAAUAGAAAAGGACAAGUAACCUAUCACACAGCAGAGACUUUUGUCCUGGCAACAGGAGAAAGGCCUAGAUAUCUGGGUAUCCCUGGAGAUAAAGAAUACUGUAUUACAAGUGAUGACCUCUUCUCCCUGCCUUACUGCCCUGGCAAAACUCUAGUUGUGGGUGCUUCCUAUGUGGCUCUGGAGUGUGCAGGAUUUCUUGCUGGUCUAGGUCUGGAUGUCACAGUGAUGGUGCGUUCCAUACUCCUUCGGGGCUUUGACCAAGAAAUGGCAGAAAGAGUAGGUGCUCACAUGGAAACACACGGCGUAAAGUUCAUAAGGAAGUUUGUACCUGUUCAGGUUGAACAGCUGGAGGAGGGCAUGCCUGGAAGACUGAAAGUGACAGCAAAGUCUACUGAGGGACCAGAAAUCUUUGAAGAAGAAUAUAACACUGUUUUGAUAGCCAUUGGUCGUGAUGCAUGUACCAGAAAUAUUGGUUUAGAGACAAUUGGUGUCAAAAUCAAUGAGAAGAAUGGGAAAGUGCCUGUAAAUGAUGAAGAACAAACCAAUGUGCCUUAUGUUUAUGCUAUUGGAGAUAUAUUGGAUGGAAAGCUUGAACUUACUCCAGUUGCCAUUCAAGCAGGGAAACUGCUAGCCCGCAGGCUUUAUGGUGGUAGUUCCACAAAGUGUGACUAUAUCAAUGUACCAACGACAGUGUUUACUCCUUUAGAGUAUGGCAGCUGUGGGUUAGCUGAAGAAACAGCCAUAGAAGAAUAUGGAAAGCAAAACUUGGAGGUUUAUCACAGUUUGUUCUGGCCACUUGAAUGGACAGUACCAAGCAGAGAUAACAAUACUUGUUACGCAAAGAUAAUCUGCAGUAAACGUGACAACAAUCGUGUGAUAGGAUUUCAUGUUCUUGGACCUAAUGCUGGUGAAGUUACCCAAGGUUUUGCUGCUGCAAUAAAAUGUGGCCUCACCAAAGAAUUACUUGAUGAAACAAUUGGUAUCCAUCCAACUUGUGGAGAGGUGUUCACUACAAUGGAUAUUACAAAAUCUUCAGGACAAGACAUCACUCAAAGGGGCUGCUGAGGUUAAACCUGCUGUUUUACAUGUUUUCAUGUUGUGCACACUUGGUUCUGUGGAAGCCCUAAUACAUCUAACUGCUUUGCAGCAAAAUAAACAUUUGCAUCAGUACCACUGUGUGUAUUGCAGCUGGGAGUGGUGCCUUUGUGAGGCUUCCUCAGUAAGUGGUGUUGCAAAUGGAAACAGUAAUACAGCAGGGAAAUCUUGAACUGUAAAUCCUGACGUUGCUUGGAAUGAGCACUACUGUGCUUUUUUGACGUUCUGGCUCGGAACCUUACUGUGAGGUGAGCUACAACUGAUGACUGCCAUGCAAGGUUGGGAGAUUUCUUCGUCCGGUCAGAUGACUGAACUCCUCCUGAAGGAAACUCUUAAGUUGCACAAAUUAAAGCUAACACUUCUAGGCUCCACUGUCUUGUACAAAUGCCUGAGAUAGAGGACAAAUAUACAAUAAAUGAUUCUUGCCAACAGUUUACAGAUGACCGAUUUAUCUUUUUUGAUGCAUUUUGUUUUACUUAAUUGUAUAUUCAGUUGAGGCAAGACGGCACAAAUAGGAUGUAACGUUGAGUAGUGCAGUUCAAGCACUAGUCUCCCACCUCAACCACUCUAAAACUUCAAAGUAAUCUAAGGCAUCACUGUUGUUAACAUUCAUAGUUGGUUGACCUCAGGUGACAUCAUGUCUUUAAGAUGAUAGUUUCAGUUGCAGGCAUCUUGUGUGUCAGGGUUAAAGAACAGAAGUGGAAGACCUUGUCAGUUUGCUCUUGCUGUUUAUGAUUAUUUAGUGCUAAUAGUCUUGAACUUGGUUUCAGCUCUGUAAUGUAAAACAUCACAGAACCUAGAACUGUAAGUCAGUACUCUUUAUGUGGAGUACUGAAGUCUGGGGGGAGCAGGAUCUGAGAGUAAUCUGUCCCACUAAUAUAGUAGGUGCCUGCCCAUGAUGGUAGUAAGUGUUGCAUACAAUUUCGUUGAAGCAUGUGUUGCACCAGAGAGCAGUGGCUUGGUGUGCUAUCAUGCUUUGUGUAGUGUUGUGUACAGUCAAUACUCUGAAGCUUUCUUCCACCCCUAGCAUUCUGCUCUGGGGGAAUUGUGCUUGAAUUUGGCUUUUAGUUUUGUCUAAAUAGAUGUUUUGAAAGAUUAUUCUGAAUGUUGUAUGAUAGUAAAAAAACAGUUUUUAACUAUUUAAUCUUUGAUGUACCAUGGAAUUUGAAGUUCAAUAAACAAUGCAUACAACA